CGCGCCGUUGGAGGGUUCCUUGCAGCUGCCUGAGCUCGUUGGUGACACUCCGGGCGCGCGCUGGCAGAGCGGCCGCGGAGCGACGCCGGGAAACAAAAGGGGUAAAAGCUGCGGUGCGGGUGGUGUGAAACAAGGUCGACCUGGAGGCUGCGUAGGAAGAAAGAGAGGACACUGCGAGGGGCAAACCGGAGAAGCCCGCUUCCUUUCCCCCUUCGAGCAGGCAGCGGAGUCCGAGAAGAGCCCGGCGCUCCCUCAUCUUUGGUGCGCCGAGGGCCCUUCGCGGCCCCGCCCUACCGGCUUGCCCGGAGUGUCUCGUCCUUUCCCUUCGGACUGAGCUGAUCUCGGGCGAGAGAACUCGGAGCCGCUGGCGCUGGAUCUGGGUACUUGGAUUUAAACCAUUACUGUGACACACUAUCUGAGAUUAUAUUAACAUGGGGACUCCUGGCUCAGGAAGGAAAAGAACUCCAGUGAAGGACAGAUUUUCUGCAGAAGAUGAAGCCUUAGGUCAUAUUGCUAGAGAGGCAGAAGCACGCCUUGCAGCCAAACGUGCAGCCCGAGCAGAAGCAAGGGAUAUACGCAUGAGGGAAUUGGAACGACAACAGAAAGAGCUUUCUCAGCGUUCUUAUGAUAGAAAAUGGGGACAUAUCCAAAGGUGGAUGGAAGAUUCUGAGAAGGCUAGGCAUUCAUACCGGUCCAGCCGGCAGUCAUAUCUGGGAGCCGGUGAUUUGGUAUCCUCUCGAAACACUGGUAGUCACAGGAGUCUUUCCUUGGAUGUCAGUGGGUCCCACAGGAAUAGAGCAAGUAGCUCCCGGAAGAGAGAUGUAGUGAGUCAUACUUACAGUGAUUCUUAUGGUGGGAAGAAGUCUUCUAGCUCUCAUAAAGAUCUGUUGAGUGGAUUUUAUCAUGACCAGCGAAAUUACAGCAGCCUUAGACAUAGCAAACCACUUUCUACUUAUCAUCCUCGGUCAUCAUCUCUAUACAAUGAACCUCUGGCAACAACUAAGAGUUACAGGGCAUCAUUAUAUGAUGAUGGAUUGUAUAAAUCGUAUAGUUAUCGUACUCCUUCAGAAUAUAGUUAUUACUCUUCAAGAACAAGUUCAGCACGAAGUAGUCCAGUGUUGACAGAUGAUGAAUCAGGCAGCAUUGCAUCCUCUGGCCAUGCUGAACGAGGUCGUAGGGAUAGUGUGUCAAGUGAUUUUCAUCAUCACGGUGAAACUGCAGCUGAUUAUUUUAGCCGCACUAAUCGUAGGGGAAGCAUUGUUUCUGACUUGGAUGAUGUCAGCAUUCCAGACAUGAACAAUCUGGAAGAGAAGGCUGACAAGCCAUAUUCUGAUUUAUACACAAGGCCAGCAUCUCGCAAUUCAGCAACUCCUUUGAGUGGAAAUUCUUCUAGACGAGGAAGCGGAGAUACAAGCAGCUUAGUGGAUCCUGAUACCUCAUUAAGUGAAUUGCGGGAUAUCUAUGAUCUUAAGGACCAGAUACAAGAUGUAGAGGGGAGAUACAUGCAGGGACUUAAAGAACUAAAGGAGUCACUUGCUGAAGUUGAAGAGAAAUACAAGAAGGCCAUGGUUUCUAAUGCUCAACUUGAUAAUGAGAAAAACAAUUUAAUUUAUCAAGUGGACACGCUAAAGGAUGUCAUUGAGGAAAGAGAGGAGCAAUUAGCAGAAUACUAUAGGGAAAAUGAAGAAAAGACUAAGGAAUUAGAAAGACAGAAACAUAUGUGCAGUGUUCUACAGCAUAAAGUGAAUGAACUCAAGGAAAGCCUUUGCCAAAGAGAUGAACUAAUAGAGGAGAACCAGCGCAUGCAGCAGAAAAUAGAAUCUAUAACCAAAGAGGUGUUUGACCUCCAGGAGACAGUUAAUUGGAAAGAUAAAAAAAUUGGGGCUCUAGAGAGACAAAAAGAGUACUUUGACUGCAUUAGGAUUGAGCGAGAUGAGCUCAGAGAUGAGCUGGCUGACCUGAAGGAAACAAUGAAGACAGGAGAGAAACAUGGAUUAGUAAUAAUCCCAGAAGUCACUCCAAAUGGUGAUGUUAACCAUGAACCAGUAGUUGGUGCAAUUACAGUUGUAUCACAAGAAGCUGCUCAAGUUUUGGAGUCGGCAGGGGAAGGACCACUAGAUGUUAGGCUACGAAAGCUAGCAGGAGAAAAGGAAGAGUUACUGUCACAGAUUAAAAAACUGAAAUUGCAGUUGGAAGAGGCACGGCAGAAAUCUUCUAGGAAUGAAGGCACAAAUUCUGAUUUAACAGGACUGGAAAAUGGUUCUGAUUUACAGUUAAUUGAAAUGCAGAGAGAUGCCAACAGACAAAUAAGUGAUUUCAAAUUUAAACUUUCAAAAGCUGAACAAGAUAUAACUACUUUGGAACAAAAUGUUCUAAGACUUGAAGGACAGGUGGUAAGAUACAAAACUGCUGCAGAAAAUGCAGAAAAAGUAGAAGAUGAACUGAAAGCAGAAAAGAGAAAACUUCAACGAGAGUUAAGAACAGCAUUGGACAGGAUAGAAGAGAUGGAGAUGACCAACAGCCACUUAGUGAAACGGUUGGAGAAAAUGAAGGCAAAUAGAACUGCAUUGCUAUCUCAACAGUAGAAAGGAAACGUUAAAAAAUAUGCACUGCUCCUUGAAAUGCCUGAGCUUAUUUUAAUACAGACUUUCUUUGGCAUAAACUUUGAACACAAAGCUGUUCAGUGAGUUUUAGUUCCAUAAUUAAGUGGCAAAUACUUUGUAACUUCAGCAAAUGGGAAAAACAGCUUGCAUCUUUAUGCCAGUGAUGAGUUUUAGCAGCUUAAUUCAAGAAUCUCCUGGAGCCCAAUGCUCUGUGGUUGACUUACUUUAUAUAAACUAUUUUCACGAUUGUGAAAUCAAGUUUAUUCUCUGAAUUAUUUUCAACUGCUUUAAUAAUGCUUGGUGCUUGGAAACAGAUGCACGAAUUCAAGAGUAUGCUGCACAACAAACUAACCAAUUAUGUGCUCAAGACAUCACAUGGCACAAGUGCCUUCAAUAUAGUGCAAUGUAUACUUCAGAGAUUAGAACAAAAUAACCUAUGGAAUCAAAUACCAUUUAUUUUAAGAUACAAUUGGAGUCUUGUUUGCUAAACUUUAUACAUUUUGAUGGAAAACACUUUUGUAAAAUAUUUAAAUUUAUAUAAAAUAGAAAUGACUGUAUAAAAUCUGCUUUAUUGCAUGGUGAUGCACACUUGAGGUUUUGAUUUGAAAAAGUACUGUCCCUAUUCUUAAUAUAAGAGUAGUGAGCAAGAUUUGUUAUUGUACAGUGUAAAACCUGGUGUGUGAGCUGCUUAAGCAUGGAGUGAAAUGUGGGUGGGAGAAAUGUGGCAGAAAAAAACUAUUAAAUGACACUUUACAUAG